CUUUUUGAACCCAUUAUAAAUAUCUUGCUUCUCGAAACGUCCAAAAUCCAAUUUCUUCGUCUUUAAUCAUCUGUUUCGUUUCUUUGUCAUUAAGAUUCGGUGGAGAUUUUAUUGUAUAAAUUGGAAAUUUUGAUUUUUCUGAUAUUCACGGAAUCAUCGGAUUUAAUGGAAGCAAAAAUCGGCAAAUUGUUUGAGUCCGUUACUUCGUUCUUCGGCGGUGGCGACCAGAUCCCUUGGUGUGAUCGUGACGUUAUUGCGGGGUGUGAAAGAGAAGUUGCAGAGGCCAAUGAAGGUGCCUCUGAAGAACGCAAGAAUGAAAGCAUCAUGAGGUUAUCAUGGGCACUUGUUCAUUCAAGGCAGUCGGAGGAUAUUAAUCGUGGCAUUGCAAUGCUUGAAGCUUCCUUAAUCAAUGCUAGAACCCCUUUGGACCGGAGGGAGAAACUUUAUUUGCUGGCUGUUGGAUAUUACAGAAGUGGUGAAUAUGCAAGGAGUCGGCAGCUUGUAGAACAAUGUUUAGAGAUUGCACCUGAUUGGAGGCAGGCUUUAGCACUUAAAAAGACUGUGGAAGACCAAAUUGGAAAAGAUGGAAUCAUCGGUAUUGGCAUUACAGCUACAGCUGUGGGACUUAUAGCUGCUGGUAUUGCAGCGGCAGCUAGUCGAAGAGGUUGAAAUCUACACACUCACGCCAAAAUAUGCACACAAUUUAAGUGUUUCCCUCAAGAAUGGUUGUCUAAUAUUAUCAGUUUCGCCAUGAUAAGCAUGUAAUAUUAUCAGUUUCGCCUCAAGAAUGGUUGUCUACUAGGUGACUCCUGUAUCUUCUUUUUUUUUCUUUAUUUAUUUUUCUUUUGUAGGAGAAAUAAUCUCUGUUUGUAUGCAUCUUUCCCCAAUGUUAAUUUUUAUUCUAGUGCUGAAAAUGUUGGC